AAUCCGCGGGAUAGUGACGUAUGAGGUGUUUGUUAUAGGUGAGAGGGCAAGUGUGUGCUAGACAAACUUACUCGAUUUGAUACUCUACUGUAAUGGCUCUGAAUUGACACUACCUUAUAAAGACACCCACAGAGGACGUGAUGUAUUAUUCGAGUAAAAGGCGAGGAGAAGAUGGAAUUGCUGCUGUCAUUGACUUCCUGUUGUCCAAUGCCCGGCUGGUGCUGGGGGUCGGCGGAGCUGUGGUGCUGGGCAUUGCCACAUUAGCUGUGAAACGGCUGAUAGAGCGUGCUGGUAGGCCUCCUGAUGAGAAGCCUGACAAGAAGAUGACAGACAGCUGGGAGGAGUUAGGCUUGGUCAGUGCCUCCCCCAAACUACUGCACAAGGGUAUAGAAGGAGUGGUCAUGAAACAGAUUGCUGCCGCAACCAAGAAAGCGGAGCUGUCCCAACCCAUCCCCCUGCCCUCACCUGAGCCCCAGCGCUGUGACACUGAACCACUUCAGCGACGGAAACGCAUGGAUCUGUGUGUGAUGACGUUUGUGGAGCAUCUGCAGCAGUACUACAGAACACGAGUGUGUCUGUCAGUGGAGGAGGUGUCUGUCGCACAGCAGCGAGCGUUAGAUAUAGCCACAGAGAUCCAGGCCUUCCUGCACUCCAAACGCCCAGACAUGCCACUGGGAGACAUGACUCUGGCGGGGUCACUGCUCGACGACCUGCAAGUGGUAAAAGCCGACCACACCUGUCUGAUCGUGCCCCUACAGUUGGAGUCCAGUCUGUGGACGCCUAUUGCCGGAGAGGACACAUUUUUGGGUCACCCUCAGUAUUGCAUGGUUCGGCGUGAAAACCUCGAGUACUUCCCGAGGGGGCAGAGCUACUGGGACCGACAUUUGCUGGGUGGAUACCUGUCAUCACGGCUCGUUUCUGAGCAACUAGGCAAGACUGUGAUGGAAUCGAUGAACUGGCCAUCGCUGACCGGAACCCUGGAGUGCGAGGUGCGACCAGUGCUUGGGUCUCCAGAGCUCAAAUUGGAGAUUCAAGGGUUAACCCAAAGCAGUUAUGACAGUGGAGAACGCUUCUAUAUAACAGUGUUGCCAACAGUGCGCCUUGCCGAGAUGACGCUUACAGCGCAACGAGAGAUCACCGGGUCAUUCGACUACGUCUGGUAUCAGAGCCUAUACACCAGCGAAACGGCUAGACUAGCAGCGCUUGACAAAGCAGACUCGGGGGUCAGAAGGAAGUGCCUAAAAACGCUGAAGGCGGUGUGCCGCAACUGCCCUUCGCUACGCAAGCUCAACGGCAGCCAUCUUUGCAACGUCAUUCUACACAUGAGUGAAAAAGAAGCAGAUUGGUCGGAAUCAGCGUUUGCUGAUAGGUUCCUGCAGGCGAUCACGGAGCUAAUCGGAUUUCUGGAAACGGGAAUCUUGCCUAGUUACUUCAAACCUAAUGUCAAUCUGUUUCAGGGCUCUACUGAGGAUGACAUUGAUGAGAUGGGCUUCAUGCUGUACUGUGCUGUAACUGAACCUGAGAUUCUACUGAUCUGAUUCACUCUCUCUCCUACACCUCCUAUACGCACAGAGCAGUACAUUUAUCAAAACGACUGGCAUUAAUGCACCUUCAAUCAGUGAAUGUAAUAUUACAUAUCUUUUCUAUAAGGAUUCUGUUCACUGUCCCCUAUAUGUGUAUUUCCACUUACCUACUCCUUUAAGGGGAUUUUGAAGCUUCAUUUAACUAUACAGCACUUACCUAGUCAGGAAUUUUGCUUGGAUGUAGAUUUUAAAAGAAGUGAGAGAAAGAUUUCAUGGUUUAGACUUUAGAUAUAGCCUAUUUUCUUUUGUUAAUAGCCUGUUCUGAGCUCUGCGUUGAUCAAGAGUAUAUGUUCUACGAUUUUGCUUUUUGGAGCAAUGGCAGUAAUCAUAGCAAAUACUCAGUAUUAAGACAAUAAAGCAGUAAUGCGUUUAAUUUGUUGAAAAUAUUUUUCUAUGCAUUUUUGUCAGUUGUUCUUGUGUACAAAGAAGCAAAACUACUGAGUGUUUGAUUGGGGGAAAUGUGCAUUGAAGGUUGUCUAAGCCUUUAUGCCCACAUUCUAUUCUAUUCUAUGCGUCAAUACCAGCUUUAAUGGCUAAGAAAAGACA